AUGACGGAUGAAAAGCCGCCUGAACAAUUUAUCCAAAAACGUAUUGAUAAUUCAACUGAAUCAUACCCGCCGCUCGAUUUUUCAUUUCACAACGCGCAACGUGUAGAAGAUGCAAUAUCAGCCGAACCGCGUGUAGCUGCAAAUUCGCCAGGAUUAAGACUAUCAGACGUAGUCACUUCAUUACUAGUUGAUCCAAAUAUGCUUUAUUCAUUGGAUUUAUCGUUUAAUAUAUUCACCGAAAUACCAGUGGUCGUUACUCAGUUUAAAUCGCUAAAAUAUUUGUAUUUACAUAAAAAUUUAAUCAACGACAUAGCCGAAACUAAAAAAUUAGUUCAAUUGAAAGACUUAAAAUAUUUAACUUUACAUGAAAAUCCCAUUGAAGCUAGUGUACCUUACUUACGAUCGUAUAUUCUCUAUAUAUUACCAUUUCUGAAAAGUUUGAAUUUUACACCAGUGACAAAAGCCGAUUUAAAAACAAGCGAAACAUGGGGAAAAAUGAAUAAAGUAAUGUUUAAAACGAUUAAAAAACCAUCGAACAAAUAA